ACCGCGGCCGGGGCUCCUCCGCUCCGCGCGUGCUCCCGGGCCUGCCUAGCACGCCUCCACUCCACCGCUUUGCCUUGCCUUUAUCAGAGGCGGAGCGCCCCGCAGCCCCUGCCCGUCGCGCAUUUGGCACCUGCCCCCCUCCUCCUCUUUACACUCGCUCCGGCACUUGCACUUGCCCGUCCGUGCCUUCCUCCUCGGAGACAUUGUUGGCGCUCUGCUCGCCCCCUCCCCGCGUGCCCGCCGGAGAAGGCACUCUGAUUCCCGAGAAUCUGUGAUUGAUUCAUCAAUGCCGAAGUCUGGCUGAGCUGCUCGUCUGACGGUCGUGAAUCCAGCUCCAGCUCCGUUCAGCAGCGGUUCUUCAGCGUCGUCUUCGUUUGGAUUUGGUCGGGGGAGAUAGAUGGCGGCGGCCUCGCAGGAGAAGCAGCAGCAGCUGCUGCCGACGUUCGGCGUGCUGAGGAACGCGGCGGCGCUGCUCGACGAAAUGCAGCUCAUGGGGGAGGCGCAGGGCGCCAAGAAGGUGAUCAACUCGGAGCUCUGGCACGCCUGCGCCGGCCCGCUGGUGUGCCUGCCGCAGCGCGGCAGCCUCGUCUACUACUUCCCCCAGGGCCACAGCGAGCAGGUCGCGGCCACCACCAAGAAGACGCCCAACUCCCGCAUCCCCAACUACCCGAGCCUGCCGUCGCAGCUGCUGUGCCAAGUCCACAACAUCACCAUGCAUGCUGACAAGGACACCGAUGAGGUCUAUGCACAGAUGACUCUGCAACCAGUAAACUCUGAAACCGACGUGUUCCCGAUCCCGUCUCUCGGCAGCUAUGCCAAGAGCAAGCAUCCCGCGGAGUAUUUCUGCAAGAAUUUGACCGCGAGCGACACGAGCACGCACGGCGGGUUCUCGGUGCCGCGAAGAGCCGCAGAGAAGCUGUUCCCACAGCUGGAUUACUCGAUGCAACCUCCUAAUCAGGAGCUUAUCGUGCGAGAUUUGCAUGACAACAUGUGGACAUUCCGUCACAUUUAUCGUGGACAGCCAAAGCGACAUCUUCUAACGACUGGAUGGAGUCUGUUUGUCGGCGCGAAACGGCUUAAAGCAGGGGAUUCUGUCUUAUUUAUCAGGGAUGAGAAGUCACAACUACUUGUGGGUGUUAGGCGUGCCACCAAUCAGCAAACGGCAUUGUCAUCUUCGGUUCUGUCCACUGAUAGUAUGCACAUAGGUGUUCUGGCUGCGGCAGCUCAUGCUGCAUCAAGCGGUAGUUCAUUUACCAUUUACUACAAUCCUAGGACGAGCCCGUCGCCGUUUGUAGUUCCCGUUGCAAGGUACAAUAAGGCCAACUAUAUCCAGCAAUCUGUUGGCAUGAGAAUGGCUAUGAUGUUUGAGACAGAGGAAUCAAGCAAGCGCAGAUACACUGGUACAAUCGUGGGAGUUAGCGAUUCUGAUCCGAUGAGAUGGCCCAACUCCAAAUGGCGCAAUUUGCAGAUUGAAUGGGAUGAACAUGGAUACGGAGAAAGACUCGAGCGUGUGAGCAUAUGGGACAUUGAAACUCCGGAGAACACUAUAGUGUUCCCUUCUGCAUCAUUGAAUUCGAAGCGACAAUGCCUGCCUGGUUAUGGAGUACCUGGGCUAGAUAUUGCAUCUGUAAAUAUGUCACCAUUUCAGAGGGCACCUGGAAAUCCAUAUGGUAACUUGCCGCACAUGCCCGCUGUUGGAUCAGAAUUGGCCAUGAUGAUGUUUCUGAAUCAAUCUGGCCAAAACAUGGGGACUCCACUCAGUUGUCACCAGUCCUCUUAUUCUAGUAUUAUUCAAAAUGUCAAGCAAAACUACAUGCCUCCUUCAACAUUUGGUCAUCCCAUUGGUUCAAUAAAGCCAGAAAGCAUGCCUUCCAAUGAAGCCCAGCAGCAGCAGCUGCAUGCUCCUAAGAUGCAGAGAGGCGAUUCGGAAAGCUGUGAAGUUCAGCCUGCCGCUGAUUCAGUUUCUGCGUCGGAGCUACAUGUUGCAGGAAGAGAGCCAAGAAACACAGAUAAAUAUCCAAGUCAAAGCAUUUCAGAGCAAAAUGGCAAGGGUGAGCCUAGAGUCAAGCCUCGGAGGAGCAAGAAAGGCUCAUCUCGCAAAACCAUUUCAGAGAAUUCUGAACUUUCUUCGGCACCUUCACGGAUUUGCGACGACCAACAGCAUGUUUCAGAAGCAGAACUAGUCAGUUGUGACACCAAACAUGUUAACUGUGGUAACAAUGAAGGUUCAUCUGGUGCACUUACUCAUGGUGAUUUUGCUGGGCAGCUGCAGUGUCAGCAGGUCGAACAAAAUGAACUAGUGUCACCACCAAAGUUGGAAUCAUCAAUAUCACCUGAUGGAGGGAAGUCAGUCAACUCAUUUCCCAACCAGGCGUCUUUUUCGCAGUUCUUUGAUGGUCUGGAUUGGAUGGUUCAGCCUCCCAAUUACCAAGACUCCAAUGGCAUUCAGUCAGUUAGUGCAUCAGAGAACAUCUUCAGUCCAUCUGCUAAUAUAGGUUCCACAAUAAAUACUGAUACUCUGGAGACUUUUCAGAACUCUUGCCUCUCAGACUGCUUCCCCAAUUCCAUACAAGACUUCAUCGGCAGCCCGGAUCUGCAUUCGCUAACAUUUCUGUCACCUGAGAUGCAAAAUCUGGAUGUGCACCACGACGGAAGUAACGUACCGAGCACAUCCAACUCAUAUGUACAAAUGAGCUUCUCUGAAGAUGAUAGUGGAAAUCACAUGGAAUCCAUGCAAAGAGGAAUGAAUAACAUCUCCUCAUGCUCUCAACCGCAGACUACUGAGGGCUUUAAUCUGGGGAUGUACUCGAAGUUGCCAAGUUUGAAGGAGUCCCAAGUUCUGUCUCUGCCAGAGAUCCAUAACAGUUCCAGGGGGACAUCGUCUUGCAGCAUGGAUGCCGCAGAGUACAGCAUCGGCCGAAGUGCGAAGCCGAUGAAACCACCGGUGCGGACAUACACAAAGGUUCAAAAGCUAGGAUCCGUCGGAAGAUCCAUCGAUGUCACACGGUAUAGGGAUUACCGUGAGCUGAGAUCAGCCAUCGCGUCAAUGUUUGGGCUCCAGGGGAAACUCGAGCAUCCUGCGAGUUCAGACUGGAAGCUAGUGUACGUCGAUUACGAAAAUGACGUGCUUCUCGUCGGCGACGAUCCGUGGGAGGAAUUCAUCAACUGCGUCCGAUGCAUCCGGAUCCUAUCGCCUUCGGAGGUACAGCAGAUGAGCGAGAACGGCAUGCAAGUCUUGAACGACUGCAUCCAGGCAGACCAGUAGGCCAACUCACUGAUCAGGAUGCGUCUGCAAAAUCAAAAUAAAGCAGAGAGCAGGAUUUAAGCUAGAUUGCUGUUCUGAACACAGUAGUGCCUUCCUUAGUUGACCGUAGGCUGAUUUUCUGACAGUGUAUUUUGGUAGGGGAUUUAGAUUUAUUACCGGCGUUUUGUGUGGUGUUAUCAUCUUUCCCAAAUGCUGAAGAACCCCCAGGCAGUUUGCUGUGUGAUUGCUACUUCCAGUGCUUGUUUGCCAUGAUGCGCUUUAUAGAGAGAGCCUGAUGUGUCAACACCAGUGUAAAUGUUAGGGCUGUUGGAUUUGGUUUUGUUAAUUGUAGAUUUAUUUACAACUAGUUUCAGUGA